ACCACCGGCAUCGGUAUGACGACGCUUCGGGCCUUCACGUGCGAUGAUCUCUUCUGCUUCAACAACAUCAACCUGGACCCUCUGACGGAGACCUACGGGAUCCCGUUCUACCUGCAGUACCUGGCGCACUGGCCCGAGUACUUCAUUGUCGCCGAGGCGCCUGGCGGCGAGCUAAUGGGUUACAUAAUGGGUAAAGCAGAAGGCUCUGUGGCUAGGGAAGAAUGGCAUGGACAUGUUACUGCUCUCUCUGUUGCACCAGAAUUUCGACGCCUGGGUUUGGCUGCUAAACUGAUGGAACUUCUGGAAGAAAUUUCAGAAAAAAAGGGUGGCUUUUUCGUCGAUCUCUUUGUGAGGGUAUCAAACCAGGUUGCAGUAAAUAUGUAUAAGCAGCUAGGCUACAGUGUGUACCGAACAGUACUUGAGUACUACUCUGCUAGCAGUGGAGAGCCAGAUGAAGAUGCUUAUGAUAUGAGAAAAGCUCUUUCCAGAGAUGCAGAGAAAAAAUCAAUUAUACCUCUGCCUCAUCCAGUGAGACCAGAAGAUAUUGAAUAACUGUAAGCUGUGGUCCUUGGGCAACUGAAGAGUGUCAGGUUCCUUCUAUACCCCUGGCCCCCAAGAACUGAUAGAUGAGAAAUCUUAAUCUCAAUGUUUUUCCCCAUGAAAUACCAAAAAGCAACAUUGAGAAGCUUACUAGUGCAGCUCUGUUGGUAAUGGCUGCAUACUCCUGCACUUACCCCAUUAUUUUUCCUUUCAAAUACUGGAAAUUCAGAGACUAUUAAAAUGGAAUUACCUCA